CCUGUCCAACAAGAUUACAUACGCGUGACCACUUUAAUUGAAAUAUCGCACUGGUGCAUAUGGAGAUCUACGGCUUGUCUGCUGAUAUUCUAUAUGCCCGACCAUGAUUUUCAGAAAGUACGCCUUGUUCCAUGUCGAACGCCUGAGUCAACAGCUUAUCCAUUAAGGGGCUGUACGCGCGACCACAAAUCUACAGUGUUCGCUGAAAUCGUGGCCACGACUGGAAAGUGUUAUGGAGCACGCCGCAGAAACUGGGAUGCCUUUUUCAAAAAAUAA